AUGACCGAGAGCUUCUUGCUGAGAGCUUCGCUGCCGUCAAAUUCUUCAGACACAUACUUGAAGGAAGAGUAUUCCAGGAAGGCAGAAAAGAGCUCGCCACGCCAGCUGAGACAACUGGACUACAUCUCGCAGUUCACCACGAACAUAGUCCAUGUGAGAGGCGAAAACAACGUGGUUGCAGACAUGCUCUCCAGGAUCAGCGCAAUUGAGAUGCCAAGCACACUCUCAGUGGAAAUCAUUGCAAACGCGCAGGAAGCAGAUCCAGAACUCGCAGACAUCGUAAGAUCCACGUCGCUCGAGCUGAACUACCUUCGAAUCGAGGAAGAAGACAUCUGGUGUGAUGUCUCGAUGGGCAUCGUACGAUCGUACCUACCACAACCACUUCGACGCAAGGCAUUCGACGUCAUCCAUGGUCCGGCUCAUCCGAGCGCUCGCUCAACGCUGAAAUGGCCAGUUGCAGUUCCACUACCGAACAUUGAAGCAGACAUUGUAACAUCCGCUCUCUUCAAUCACUGGAUAUGCAACUUUGGAACUCCACUGACGAUCAUCACAGAUCAGGGAACGCAAUUUGAAUCUGCACUCUUCCAGUCAUUAGCGCGACUAAUUGGCGCAACUCGGAUUCGCACUACGCCGUAUCAUCCACAAGCGAACGGACUCAUCGAACGCUGGCAUCGCACCCUGAAGGCAGCGCUGAGAUGCCAUGCACCAACACCGUGGCCGGACAUCUUACCAACCAUUCUUCUUGGCCUAAGAGCAUGCGUGAAGGAGGAUCUGCAAGCGUCUCCAGCAGAGCUUCUCUUCGGCACAACACUACAGUUACCGGGUGAAUUUUUUGUUCAUGAGGAUCCACCGGCUGAUCCAUUUAUAUUUUUAGAAAAAUUCCGCGAAUGUAUUCAGUCGCUAAAACCCGCGUUCACAGUACUGGAGGAUAACGGCUCCGAACAGCCGCAAACAAAUGAUCCGCGUCCGUCCACUUCGUCCGCGCCACAAAUCAAAACAUACACGAAGAGGAAAAAAGUUUCGUACCUCUCUGCCUAG